ACGAAGUGUAAGAGGGAAAAGAGCAAAAAAGAAGAAGAAAACACAGUUCCGCCGGAGACGAGUGGGAAGAUAAGGAGUACUACGCAUUAACGAACCAAAUUACCAAAACCUAAAGGAGAAAAUGGCAGCUUCGAGCAUUGGGUAUCAAAUUCAUAUUAAUGUCAAUUCUCCAAUUCUUCUUCCUUUGAGAACCAAUUUCAGUUCACUCUCUUUCACUUUCUCUAAUGCUAAAUACCCAUUAAAAUGGAAUCACAUUGGCUGCCCCAAAAUUUGUGCUCUACCAGCUGUUUCAAUAAUGGCUUCUGGAAGUUCCAGAGAGAUUCUUCCUCCUGCCCUUGAUUCCUCUUCAGAGCCACCAGCAAUCUUUGAUGGAACUCCAAAGCUUUAUAUCUCUUACUCAUGCCCAUAUGCCCAACGUACGUGGAUUGCUAGAAAUUGUAAGGGGCUGCAGGAAGAAAUUAAGUUGGUUCCUAUUGAUCUAAAGAACAGGCCAGAUUGGUAUAAGGAGAAGGUUUAUCCAGCAAAUAAGGUACCAUCACUAGAACACAACAAUGAAGUUAAGGGAGAGAGUAUGGAUCUCAUUAGAUAUAUUGACAGUAACUUUAAAGGACCAUCACUUUUCCCUGAUGAUCAUUCCAAGAGAGAAUUCGCAGAAGAAUUGUUCUCCUACUUUGACUCCUUUUACAAAGCUGUAAUUUCGUCUUUGAAGGAAGACAAGAUAAAUGAUGCCAUUGCAGCAUUUGAUUCCAUUGAGACUGCUCUUUCCAAGUUUGUUGAUGGAUCUUUCUUCCUUGGUUCAUUCAGUCUGGUAGAUAUAGCUUACGUGCCAUUCAUUGAAAGAUUCCAGCCCUUCUUGCUCGAGGUAAAAAACUAUGACAUUACAACAGGCAGGACAAAACUUGCAGCAUGGAUCAAGGAGAUGAACCAAAUUGAAGGUUAUACAGUAACUAAACGUGACCCAAAGGAGCACCUGGAGAACUAUAAAAGACGUUUCUUGUCUCAGCUCUAAUGAGCUCAGUCAUUACACAGCAUCCACAAUUACGCAAAGAUUACUGCUGAGUGUAAAAGGGGCUGUCUUGUUCAUUGUAUUAGAAUAUGAUUAAUCUCGGCAUAAAAUUCCACAUAUGGUAUAACUGGCAUCACUAGUGUAUGGUUUGUUGCCGCAUAAAUAUAUAGUUGCACAGUGAAAUUGUCUCCGUAUGAUCUAUAUAGAUUACGAAUUUGAGCCAUAUAAGUAA